UAAUGGAAAUACCAACUCUUUAUUUCACAAAGAUAUUGGCGAUCAAUGAUGUUUUAUGAAGUUUUGUAGCUCCAAGUGAUUGAUCUCUCCUGCUAUACUUGUCAAACCCAAUAAAAAAUUAAAAACCCAAUAAAGAAUUUGGGUUUCAAAAGUCAAAGCAGGUCCGCCUCCUACAAGUUUUGACUGCAUAGUAAAACCCAAUUGAAGCAGGAGCACCAGUAAUUCUCACACCCCCAUUCCAUUCCCCUUGUUGCCGCCAAUUCUCUCAUACAAUCCAACACACACUUGCAAUCAUUCGUAUGAAACCCUAGCUUUUCAAUGGCCGAGCGCUCCGCUAAACGCGUCAAAGUCAGCAGGGGAGAUGAUGAUUAUAUGCCAGGAAAUAUUGUUGAUAUUGAGAUCCGUAACUUUAUGACAUUUGAUAAAUUGAAAUGCCAACCAGCAUCUCGGUUAAACCUUGUUGUUGGACCAAAUGGGUCUGGAAAGAGUUCUUUAGUAUGUGCCAUUGCACUUGGUCUUGGCGGAGAGCCACUGCUUCUUGGCAGGGCUUCGACAAUUGGAGCUUUUGUUAAGCGUGGAGAAGAAUCUGGACAUAUCAAGAUUACUUUGAAAGGGAGCAGUAAUGACGAUCUAAUUACUAUAAUGCGUAAAAUUGACAUACACAACAAGUCUGAGUGGUUAUAUAAUGGUGUUGGUGUACCCAAAAAAGAUGUUGGUGAGAUAGUUAAAAAGUUCAACAUUCAAGUAAACAAUUUAACUCAGUUUCUGCCCCAAGACAGGGUCUGUGAGUUUGCUAAAUUGACUCCAGUUCAACUUUUGGAAGAGACUGAAAAGGCUGUUGGUGACCCAAGACUACCUGUACAACAUCGUGCUCUUAUUGGUAAAAGUCAUGAGCUGCGCAAUCUUGAACGAGCAGUUAGGCAAAAUCGAGAAACUUUGGAUCAGCUGAAGUCACUUAAUGCUGAGCAGGAAAGAGAUGUUGAUCGCGUUCGUCAAAGGGGAGAACUCUUGAAAAAGGUUGAUGCGAUGAAGAAGAAAAUGCCCUGGCUGAUGUAUGACAUGAAGAAGGCUGACUACAUAGAAGCUAAAGAGAAGGAGAAAGAUGCUAAGAGAAAGUUUGACGAGCUUGCUAAAGCUAUGAAUGAACUACAAGGACCGAUAGAGUAUCACAAAAAAGAGAAAACUGCUCAAGAUGCUAAAUUGAGGAAAUUAAGAGCUAUCUUAGAUGGCAAUUCCAAGAAACGGAUGCAACUGGCAGAGAGAGAAAAUAUUUUGAGUGCGCAAGUGCGGGGAAAAUUUAAGGAAAUGGAAGGAUUGAGAAGGCAAGAACAAUCUCGUCAAGAAAGAAUCUUAAAAGCUAAAGAAGAUCUUGCCGCGGCUGAGUCGGAACUUGCGAACCUGCCUCAUUCUGAACCUCCUAAGGAUAAACUUGAUAGCUUAUGUGCUCGGAUUUUGGAGUUGGAAGGGCGAGCAGAUAAUGUCAGAUCGCAAAAGAGGGAAAAGGAGAAAUCCAUAUAUCAGAAAAAAGAACAAUUGGCCCGAUGUAUUGACAGGUUAAGGAAUAUGGAGGAUUCAAAGAAUAAAAGUUUACAUGCUUUACGUAAUUCAGGUGCUGAAAAAAUAUUUGAGGCAUAUAAAUGGGUGAAUGAACACCGCCAUGAGUUCAACAAAGAUGUGUAUGGUCCAGUAUUAAUUGAGGUUAAUGUCAAAGAUAGAGUCCAUGCAAACUACUUGGAAGGUCAUGUUGCUCACUAUAUCUGGAAGGCAUUUAUAACUCAGGAUUCUGGUGAUCGGGACUUUUUGGUCCAAAAUCUUAUGCCUUUUGAUGUUGUGGUUAUUAAUCAUGUGGAUGAAGGUCCUAACAAGGAGUCAUUUGAAAUUUCUCAGGAGAUGCAUGCAAUUGGGAUCUAUUCCAGACUUGACCGAGUUUUUGAAGCUCCUUCUGCAGUCAAAGAUGUUCUGAUAGGACAGUUUGGGCUGGAGUAUUCUUACAUUGGCUCAAAAGCAACUGAUGAGAGAGCUAAUGAGGUCCAGAGACUGGGAAUCAUGGAUAUGUGGACUCCUGAAAACCACUAUAGGUGGUCCAAAUCUAGAUAUGGUGAUCAUGUUUCAGCAGUUGUUGAAUCAGUGAACCAGUCGCGUCUUCUUUUAUGCAAUGUGGAUGUUGAGGAGCUUGAAAGUCUCAGGACUAGGAAAACCGAGCUAGAAGAUGUAAUUUCUGAUCUUGAAAGUAGUUUGAAAGUGCUUCAGAGUGAGCUAAGACACUUCGAAGAUGAAGCAGCUAAACUUCAAAGGGAACGUGAAGACAUUCUGAGCAUUGCCCAACUUGAGAGAAAGAAACGACGUGAACUUGAGAGUAGAGUCAAUCAAAGAAAAUCAAAAGUAAAAUCACUGGAAGCAGAAGAAAACAUUGACACUCUCAUGGCAAAUCUCAUAAGUUCUGCUUCAGACUUAAAUGCUCAGCGAUUUCAGUGUGCAAUUGAGAUCAAGAAUUUGCUUAUUGAAACAUUGGCUUAUAGAAGAUCUUCUGCUGAAGAAAAUAUGAUUGUUAUUGAACUUGAGGCUAAGAUUAGAGAACUAGAAGUUGGUGUUAAGGAGCAAGAGAAGAUUGCUGUACAAGCAUCUCAACAAUUUGAGUAUUGUAAAAGUGAGGCGGAGAAACAUCGACAACAAUUGCAAGCUGCCAAGAAGCAUGCAGAAUCAGUUUCAAUGAUUACUCCGGAACUGGAAAAGCUCUUUCUUGAGAUGCCAUCUACCGUUGAGGAACUGAAGCAGGAUAUUGAGGAUACAAUGUCUGAAGCCAAUUCCAUUCUUUUACUUAAUCAAAACAUUUUGGAAGAAUAUGAAAACCGCCAAAGAAAAAUAGAUUCCCUUAGUGGCAAACAGGACACAGUUGAAUUGGAAUUACGUAGAUGCAUGGAUGAAAUAAAUGCUUUAAAGGAAAGCUGGCUUCCAACAAUUAGAGAUCUCGUUGCUCAGAUAAAUGAUACAUUUAGUCGGAACUUUAAAGAUAUGGCUGUUGCAGGAGAAGUUUCAUUGGAUGAGCGGGACAUAGACUAUGAGAACUACGGGAUACUUAUAAAAGUGAAAUUCAGGGAAGCUGGACAACUUCAGGUUUUAAGUGCCCAUCAUCAAUCUGGAGGGGAGCGUUCUGUUUCGACCAUUCUUUACCUUGUUUCGCUGCAAGACCUCACAAACUGCCCUUUCAGAGUUGUUGAUGAGAUUAAUCAAGGAAUGGAUCCGGUUAAUGAAAGAAAGAUGUUUCAGCAGUUGGUUAGAGCUGCUAGCCAACCAAAUACACCACAGUGUUUCUUGCUUACACCAAAGCUGCUCUCAGAUCUGGAAUACAGCGAGGCAUGUAGUGUCAUAAAUGUAAUGAAUGGGCCAUGGAUAGAGCAGUCCUCAAAAGCAUGGAGUGGUGGAGGAACCUGGACCUCUAUCGUGCAUUCGUUGACAGAAAGUCGGUGCUGAAGAAUAAUUUUACCAUCUCCAUAGGUAGUUGCAGGCUUGCAGCAAAGACAAGGUAUGACAUGUUUUUUUGUCAAAAACAGCUACAUCUGAUAUUAUCCAGAAUGAGUACCCUGAGAUGUUACAUAGUAAACAAAUGCAUCUGUGUUGAUUCACUAGACCUUUUGGAUUGUAUUAGUAAAUUAAGAUAUCUUGUUUCUUUUAGUAUGCAAUGUAUAGCAAGUAUUUAAAAGGACAGGUUUGUAGCUGCAGUAUUUUUCCCAUUCCCAUGUCAAGGAGUUGUGAAUUAAAAAUUGUAUUAUCAUUGUAUAUAUAGGCGGUUUUGGUGCUUGUCGUAUGGAACCGUUGAUGUAUGUUAUGAGCUUAAACAAUUAUGCACA